GACACACAUGCUCUGUCCCUCUCAGAUUGAUCUCUCCCUCCUCGGCACUGUGCCAUGUGUCUGACCAGACGGCUGGGUAUAGAAACCUCCAAAUUCCUCUUGUCACAGAAUGGUCUGGCCUAAUGCUCUUCCCUGGGAAUUGUCUGCCUUUCUCUAUGAUCCAGAGCCUUGUAAACAGGUAUGCCAUAGCUGAAAUGGAAAAGCAACACCAACAUUCUCAAUUCAGAAAACACUGAUAACAAGAGAGAAUGGAUUCUGUAACAUGUAUUACUCCUAAAUCUCCUGGAGCCAAACAGGCUGUGCUGGAAUUUAGUCUUCAGCUGAUUGGCUCUUUAACAGUGAACUCGCUGACUACUAUGCCAAUGUUACCGUGGGUAGUGGCCGAAAUCAAAAAAAGAAAUUCAAAGACUGUCAAGAAUUUGCAAAAUGCCCUCCAGAUUCGCCUGUACGUGUCCUCCACAAGCAUCCUGUGUGAGCCAGAUCCAGGCAAGUGCCAACAAUGGGAUCCUUUAAUUUGCUCCAGCAUCUUUGACUGCAAGCCCCAGCUGGUCCAGAAACUAAUCCACAACAGCCAAGACCCCAGUUAUUUUGCAUGUCUCCUAAGGGAAGAGAACCUUGCAAGCCAAGAAAGCACCUGUUACCUUUUUCAUUCUGCUGAUCCCUUAAAAGUGCCGGAAAUAAUUGGCUCUAUCCGGCAUGCAGGAAAGUUGGCACGGCAGGAAGAGGUUCAUUCCCAGCUUUGUGAUUUGGACGAUUCAUUCUCCAAAAAGUUUGAAGUGCUGUUUUGUGGCCGCGUGAUUGUGGCGAAUAAGAAGGCACCCCCUGCUUUGAUAGACGAGUGCAUUGACAAGUUCAACCAUGUUAGCUGUACUAAAAAGAAGGAAGGGGACUCUCCGACUCCACAGGGGGACUCUCCACCUCCACAACCGGACUCCGGCACUGGGAUAUCUUUCGGCGAUAAACUGCGCUCAGUCUUCCAAUCGGCAUUUCACGAUGAUGACAAGAAUAAGCCCAUCCGCAAAUCCUACUCCCAGCCAGGCCUGCGGACUAAUACCUCUUUUACAAAUGAAUGGAAAGAUGGACGCAGUAGCCUUCCUACUUCAUUUGAGGAAAGCGAUAUAAGUUUGCAUGUACAAAGGUUAUGUGGGGAGGAACAGGACAGUGUGCAGCCAACAGACAUGGAGGAAAACCAGACUAUGCUAUUCACGAUUGGCCAAGCAGAGGUUUACCUGGUCAGCCCAGACACAAAGAGGAUUGUGAUUGAAAAGAGCUUUAAGGAGAUAUCAUUUUGUUCUCAGGGAAUCCAGCAUGCUGACCACUUUGGUUUUAUCUGCAGGGAGCCAUUGCUGAAUGGAGGGUGCCAUUUUGUGUGUUAUGUAUUUCAGUGUGCAAAUGGAGCACUGGUGGAUGAGAUCAUGCUGACUCUGAAGCAGGCCUUCAGUGUAGCUGCAGUGCAGCAGAACUCCAAGACUCUUCCGCAGCUCUGCGAUACUUGUCCCAUGCAGUGCAUGCAUAAACUCUGUGAGAGAAUAGAAGGUCUUCCUCCUACCAAAAUAAAACUUGAACUGCAGAAGCACAUCACAACACUAAGCAAUCAGGAGCAGGCCUCCAUGUUUGAAGAAAUACAGAAAAUCCGGCCACGGUCAGAGCAGCAAGAAAAUGAACUAGUCAUCUCUCGCCUUCGAUGUCUGUAUGAGGAGAAACAGAGAGACCAUAUCCAUAACGCUGAAACAAAGCAGAAUUCGCAAGCAGCCGAAAGCACAGCCAAUGGGCUGCAGACCAGUGCAUCUCGAUUCAAACUUGAGUCUCUGACCAGCAAAGCAAAGAGAUCUUUGACGGAAUCUUUAGAAAACAUUUUGUCAAGGGGCAGCAGGAGUCGCAGCCUGCAGGAGAGCUCUGCCAGUGGGGAUGAUGACAGCUCACUAUGCACUCCUCUUGAUCCAAGUAUUAAGGAGCUGUCAUUAUGUGAGACAGAACCGGCUGCUCCGCUUGCAAUCCCCUUAAAGACUCACGGCUCCCUUGGAGAUUUAUCGAAGAGCUCAGAUAGCUAUUCCUGUGAGCAUCCGGAGGAAUUAGUUCAGCAGGGAUUCCGCCGGCGAGCUAACACAUUAAGCCAUUUCCCUGUCACAGCGCAGGAAUUUCCCGAGCCGGUUCAGAUAACUCCAUCUGUUUCACAGCGGAAGCUAAUAAGGCACCACUCUGUGAGCACCGAGACGCCGCACAAAAGAAACACUCCUCUGCCUGAGCCGGAUCACAAUCCAGUGCAGUCUGCAGAACCGACUGCUCCUCGUCCCGUCUCUGCAACCUCUUCCCCUGUAACUGGGAAAAAACUGAAGGUCGGUUCUGUUGGGGAAGCAGGGGCGCCACUUUCACAAAAGAGCCUUUUCUACCGUUCUACUGCUCUUCGAAAGAAACUUCAUUCCUCAUCUUCUGUGCCAAACUUUCUCAAAUUUCUGGCCCCUGUAGCGGAAAAUAGCACCGCCGGCUUUAACAGUAGCAAAAGUGACUUUGAAUGUAAGUCAAUACACAGCGAAGCUGGAUGUGAGAGCCCAGUAAGGACGCGCAGACAUUCUUGGCGGCAACAGAUCUUCUUACGUGUAGCCACCCCCCAAAAGGGCUGCGAUUCCCCCAACAGAUAUGAUGACCACUCAGAUUUGGGGGACAUUGCACCCAGAUCACCUCUAGAACCUGUUUCUGAAGAUGGUCCAGUCAGGUCGGCAGUUGCAGUAAGGCACCGGACAACAGAAGAGCUUCGAGAGCUCUGGAAAAAGGCAAUUCUUCAACAAAUUCUGCUUCUCAGGAUGGAAAAAGAAAACCAAAAACUGCAAGCCUCAGAAAAUGACUUGCAGAAUAAGAGGCUGAAACUUGACUAUGAAGAAAUCACUCCAUGCCUGAAAGAUGUGACUUUAGUUUGGGAGAAGAUGCUCAGCACACCCGGGAGAUCAAAGAUCAAGACUGACACAGAAAAAAUACAUGCAGCUGUUGGACAAGGGGUCCCCCGUCAGCACCGUGGGGAGAUCUGGAAGUUUUUAUCAGAACAGUACCAGCUGAGACAUCAGCAUAUAAGUAAGAACCAGUUAAAAGACACCCCGUACAAGGAGCUUCUGAAGCAACUGACCACCCAACAGCAUGCAAUACUCAUUGAUCUAGGACGCACCUUUCCAACACACCCGUACUUCUCGGCCCAGCUGGGGGCCGGACAGCUGUCACUCUACAACAUUCUAAAGGCCUACUCCUUGCUGGAUCCCGAAGUGGGCUACUGCCAGGGCCUCAGCUUUGUCGCUGGCGUCCUUUUGCUUCACAUGACCGAGGAAGACGCCUUUAAGAUGCUAAAGUUUCUCAUGUAUGACUUGGGUCUGAGGAAGCAGUAUCGGCCCGACAUGAUAACUCUUCAGAUCCAGAUGUACCAGCUUUCCCGACUCCUGCACGACUAUCACCGGGAUCUGUACAAUCACUUGGAAACCUAUGAGAUCGGGCCCAGCCUGUAUGCUGCUCCUUGGUUCCUUACCAUGUUCGCCUCUCAGUUCCCGCUGGGAUUUGUGGCGAGAGUCUUUGAUAUGAUUUUCCUUCAGGGAUCAGAAGUCAUAUUUAAGGUGGCCCUCAGCUUGCUCGGAAGCCACAAGCCCUUGAUUUUGCAGCAUGAAAAUUUGGAAUCUAUUGUAGAAUUUAUAAAGAACACUCUUCCAAACUUGGGUCUGGUGCAGAUGGAAAAGACCAUUAACCAGGUGUUUGAAAUGGACAUUUCCAAGCAGCUUCAGGCAUAUGAAGUGGAAUAUCAUGUACUGCAGGAUGAACUGAUUGAUUCAUCUCCUCUCAGUGACAACCAGAGGAUAAAUAAACUAGAGAAGGCAAAUAGUACAUUGCGCAAACAGAACUUUGACCUUUUGGAGGAGCUGCAGGUAUCACAUGGGAGAAUACAGGUGCUAGAAUCCACCGUAGAAAACUUACAGAGCAACGAGGUCAAGUUAAAACGAUCCGUCCUUACUCUGGAGCUGGAAAGGUCUGCCUUGCUAAAUACCAUCGAAGAAUUACGUGCUCAGAUUAAAGAUAUGCAAGGGAACAAGCUCUGUAAUGACCAAAAUGAGCCCAACCAGCUCAACAAGGAAUAAAAUCUCCCUGCACCCUUUGUCUGUACAGGAGGAGCCUCCGCAAGGAAAGCCACACUCACUUUAGGCUUUACGGCUUCAUACAGUGCUCAGAGUCUCUCACUCAUACAUGGAAAAUGGAUGGGGGAUGCUGGUUUUCGGGAGAAUUGUGCUUAUUUUAGAAGAAAAUGAACCCUUGCCUGUUAAGCAAGGCAGAUUUUAUUUUUCCUUUUUAUGUUUUAAGACUUUACAAUUCCAUUCCUAGAAAUCUCAUUCAGACUAAGCUGAUUGAACCGAAGGACUUCAGAAUAUAUUGCAAUGGAAUUGUUGCGUUGCAGCAGGAGUCUGUAGCAGUUUGGCCUCUCCCUCUGGCUGCAUAGCACCUCUUGGAUUUUAGGCAUUCAGUUUGCAGCUCAUUCUGGCCAAGCUGAAUGCUGUGUACAAUUCACAUUUUUAAUUGCCCUGUAACAUACUAUCUAUUUAUAUCUGUGUAUUAACAACUGUUUUAGUUACUACAUGUUUUAAAGUUUGUAUUGCUGCUGUGUUUUUAUCUUUUUUUUUAAAUCACUUACAGUAUUCAAACAUGACUACUGCUUACAGUGAUUUGUUGGUUUCUGUUACCUAGAGGCAUUACCCAGGGGGUAAUUGGCAACAAUACAAUCCAUUUGUAGUGCUUAAGCUGGUGGAGCAUCUUGCCUUUUUGAAUUACAAGUAGUAGUUCAUAAAAUUCCCCUAAAUCCCAUUAAACCACAUACCCCCCAGACUAGCCAAGUGCCUGAGUUCAGCCCACAAGUAAGAAAUGGUGCCAGUAGCACUGCUGCAGGUUUUGUCUGUUGUUUUCGGCCUUUAGCUUCUGUAGAUUAUAUUUGUAGUUUAUAUCAAGGCUCCAGAAACAGGCAGCACAUUAUCAGCAACUCUCUAAGUUUAUUUAAUAAUGAACAACUUAUCCCUAAAACAUAGGGUGCAACUCUGCUGUACAAGAAAGAGAGGGACCUAGCAGAACAGGCACUAGAAUAAACUACAACAGGCAUAGCACAGUGUCCUCUGUAUUACUACCAGUGGUGAAGAAACGGAUAAAUAUACUACAAAUACCAGUCUGUGUUUUAUAUUGAAUUUAUUCAGAAUGAUUGGUCCUGUAUCACUGGCACACAGGGAAGGAGAAAGGUAUCCAAGAAAAAUGAUCAUCAUUAUUAUUUGCCUUACAUACUGUACAAUAUCAUAUCUUGUAGAAAUGUGUGUUCUUAUAAAUAAGAUCGCCUUGGCUUUAAUUAUGAAAGGAUCUGCAAAAUGGUUUCUAUAACCGAGAAAUAGCCAACAUGAUUCCAUCUCUAGUUACAAGUCACAGCAGCCCCUCAACAGGUUACCAUUUUGGUAAAAUCUUAUUUCUGGGCUUAUGACACAAGUCCACAACUGUUGGCCAAAAAACAUCGAGGUCAGCACCAUAAAAAGUGGUUUGAGCCAAAAGGAAGCCAUAAGCAGAUGCCCCUAGAGGCUGAUUUUAUAUCUUGUGUUACCCAGUUUCUCUUGGACUUUAUAGUGGUAUUGAGUCUCUUGGCCAGAAAGCAAAUGACAUAAUAUUUGUGCGUAAUAGUUGAAUAUUCACAUAAUUACAGCUUCCAGUGUGGGGCCUCUCCGUUAUUCCUGCCCAGGGACACAUCCGCUAAUUCAUGAGUUCAGUACAGGCACAGUACUGCUGGUAGCCCAAAUGCUCACCUUGGGUUCCUGGAUAUUGCGAGAAAUCAAUUUAAUGUUAGCCAACCUGAACUGAAUUGCAUUCUCCUCCUGUAACGGGAUGGUUUGGUAUAGGCAACAUGUGUUUUAUUGAGAUAUCCCAUAGUGCACUAUGUAUAAAAUCAUUUCAUGCAGUGCCACAAUGUUUUUGUUUAGACUGUGCACUAAAGUUAGUAUAUGUAUCUUUUAUGUUUUUCUCACCUCAAUCCAAUGUUUUUUCCCAGCACCCUAGUAACACGGAGUAUGUGUGGGCACCAGAUUUUCUCACAUAUUCCCUAUAUUCUCCCGCUCACUCUCCUGGUGUCCAACUCACUAAUAUAAGUGGAUAAUCUCUCUUCCCUCACUGACCUAAAUGCAUUAUAUAGUGACAACAAGCAAGAGUGGCUCCCUUCCCCCAAUACCUGAGUUUGCUCUUCCUGAUGGCACCAAAACUGCACUAAUAGAAGACUGCUCUUUAAUCCCGUCUAUAGAACAAGACUGGACAUUUAUUAAAUGAUGUACAACAAAUCUGGCCUGGUGGCUGUCUGGGGUCCCAAAGCAUCCCAGAACCUGAACUGACUGGAUUCCAAAGACUUCAGGGAACUGGGACACACUUUGGUCAGAUACCCUCAUCCGUGUGUUUUUUUUAUUUAAAUAUCCACUUUAUCCAAAAACCUAUUUACAUAUGGGUUGUCUUGGGUGACCCCAUGUUGGGCACUUUGCCUUUAUGUGACAGGGCAUUUUAUUAUUAUUAUUAUUUUUAACAGCUUGUAUAGAAAUCCAUGACUUCCUACACACAUUAACUGCUGUUACCCUGGCACGUGUCAGGCUUUGGAACCUGUUGUUUCCUGCUGCACACUGAGAAUGAUUCACAUAUAUUUGUACUGGAGAAAACUGCAAACCUUGUGGAGCAAUGUUCCAAUUUACAGAAAAGCAAUAAAAGACAGUGCCAAACUUC